AUGCCAAGAGUCAAAUCGUCCCCGCAGGAGCCGAAGCGAGUAAAAAUAGAAACUCUCACAGAAGACGCGAUAGCCACUGUGCUGAGCAAAGCCAAUGAUUACACUGUUUUCAGAAAGCAGGGAGACUGCAUGACAAACGAGUAUGCAAAAACACUAUCAGAAAUGCUGGAGAAAAUGAGCGCGCAGGAAGAGGACAAGGAAAACCUCUUCGCAAACGAGAGUGCACCAAAGAGCGCGAAUAAAACAGUCACUCUAGCCACCUGGGCAAUAAAGCUGAUUGAAGCCUCUGAGGGUGUGCUCGAGCUAAUUGUCUUUGGGGUGAUCAAAGAUACGAGCGAUAUUGUGCAAAGCUCUUUCAUAAAUAAGAGAGUGUCCUCGCACUGUGUGGUCUCCAAGAGCACAACGUAUCUGCUAGAGGGCGGCCUAGACACCUCUGUAACUCCGUAUCCUGGCUUCAGAGAGGAAGUGACCGAAAAGUUCAAAGACGGAUUUCCAAUGCAGUGGCGGUCGAUAGUCAAGGCAGAGGCGCAGCGGAUUAAAGAGGUUGAGGGAAGAGAGCAGCUCAAGGCAAAGUAUAAGCCCAGAAAGAGGAGAAAGUAUUUAAACUAG